AUGGUAGGACCAGAAAGGCCUCAGUUUGUGCUCUUUGGGUCCUCAAUUGUACAAUUAAGUUAUAGAGAUGGGGGAUGGGGUGCUAUUCUUGCUGACAUCUACUCGCGCAAGGCAGAUAUUGUGUUGCGUGGAUAUAAUGGUUGGAACUCAAGGCGUGCACUUGAAGUCAUUCAUCAAGUAUUCCCCAAGGAUGUAGCUAUGCAACCUUCUUUGGUUAUAGUAUACUUUGGUGGUAAUGAUUCAGUUGCGCCUCAUCCAACUGGAUUAGGCCCUCAUGUCCCACUACCAGAAUACAUUGAGAACAUGCGAAAUAUUGCUAUUCAUCUUAAGAGCCUGUCAGAUAAAACUCGUGUUAUGUAUCUUAGUCCUCCGCUGAUGAAUGAUGAAAUCUUUCGUGAAAGGAACAAUGAAUUAGUACGAACAAAUGAGAAUUGCCAGAUAUAUUCAGAAGCUUGUAUGAAUUUAUGCAAGGAGAUGGGUUUGAAGUUUGUGGAUUUGUGGACUGCAAUUCAGCGGAUGGAUGAUUGGAUGAAUACUAGCUUCGUAGAUGAAGUUCAUUUAUCUUCAGAAGGGAGCAAUGCAGUUGUAGAGGAGAUACUAAAGGUUCUAAAGGAAGCCGGAUGGAACCCAUCCCUACAUUGGAAGUUCUUAUCAACUGAGUUUGGGGAGUACUGA